AAAUAUUAGGUGAAACUAGUCAAAAUGUGUGAUUCAGAGAAUUGCGAUUCAAAAGGAAAAAUCAAUGAUACCUUCAAAUUCGAUCAAGAUGUUGAUCUCGAAAAAGAUGUUAAACAUAAAAUGACUAAUAGUUCUGCUAGCAUAUUAAAUGACGAUACACCAACUCAAGAUUCAGGUGUACAGCUUCUGGAUUCUGAAACAGAUUUAAACGACUCAAUGAUAUCAAGUUCUGGCUUCGACAUUGAAAAUAUACCCAAUGAAGCUGUCAAAGCAACUAAUGUUGAACAAGUGACUGUUGUAGAUUCCAUCCCAGAUUUAUUGAUUCCAAUAACAACAAAGACUUCUCUCUCGAAAAGUGAUUUUGAAAACAAUAACGGAAAUGAGAUGGUAAAUCCUGAUAUCACAUCAUCGACAAUGGAUUCCGACAUGAUGUCGAGCAUACAUUCCACUUUUGAUACUGAGAUUACCGAGAUUGUUUAUCGGAGAAAAGUGAACAAGAAAAAGAAAUCUGCACCCAAAAAGCGAGUUUCAUUUCAUGAAGAUAUUUUGAAUAGUACGAGAACUGAUAAUAUUCACAUUGAACACGGUUUCAUUACUUAUAAAGGAAAAAGUCAGAAACCGAAUACAAGAUACUCAUGGUCAGAAUAUAACAAUGAAGAAUUAGAUGUUUACGAUCAAACUGAAGCAACUUGUCAUCAUGUUUAUAGAAAUGCAUGUUCUGAAGUUUUACAUUAUGGAAAAAUAGAAAUUCAAGAUGACGAAGAAAAAUCGACAGCUUUAAAAGAUCAUUCAGGAGUUUUCGAAUAUCCAUCACUCAAUGAAAAGAAGUUUUAUCAAUGCAGCUGCUCAAGUUCGUCAAGUAUUGAGUCGGGAAGUUCUGGUGAAAACAAUCAAAGUAGCAGCGACUCAAAUUCUGACAUGAAACGACAUUAUAAACAAUCAAAAUCAAGUUCAUGUGAUUGUAUUGGAAGUAAUACAAAUAACAUUGAUUUAGGAAAUGGGACAUAUUUCUUUUCAGAACCAAAUAUUGGGCGAUCUGUGUGGAGUAAAGAAAAGAAACCCAAAGGCAGUUGCUUGAAGAAAAGUAAACAAACAAAUGUCGUAGAAGAGCGAAAAAUUGACCCAAAUGUUAAGAAAUUCAAUAUCCAUCAAGGUACAAAUAUUAUUAAAAACAAUAGUAAAAUGUUUAUUGGAUCCUUAAAAGACAUUCUCGGCAUUUCCUUGCCUGAACGUGGAGUACCAGAAGGAUCUGAAGACAACCCAGAAGAAUGUAUUCCCAAUGAAGUGUCGAAAGACUUUUCCUAUCUAAAUAAAGUUGGAAUUGUCAAACCAAAUCCUACUAAAGUUCAAAAGCUGUCAAAAAGUUUAGACGGUGGCUUUGGAAAGCAACAGAAAAGAUUUGUUCAUAAUGUUGAUGAACAAUUACGUCGUGCUAAUGAAGAAGACUUAUUUGCACCAAGUUCGUCAAAUAGUCGCAAAAAUAGUUUGAAAACUGAAAGUUCAAUUGAAGAAAAAGAAGCUGAAGAGGAUUUGACGAUUUCAUGCGGAAAUGCUCGCAAUAAAUUUAUCAUAAAUUGCGAAAGCACAGUAUUCGAACACACCGGAACAAUUGAAAUACCAGAAACAAUAUCCGCAGGGGAGAAUCUCAUUUCUCAUUCCAUCAAUUCCAUCACCCACAAUCCACUUAAAAAGAAAUUGAGUAAUCUUCUUAACUCAAUUGCUGGAAACAAUCAAAAGUCUGAGCUUGAUGUAGCUGGAAACGAUGAUGAUGAUGAUGAUGGUGUCGGUGGAAUAAGAAUUGUUGAAGAAGUAAGAAGUGAAGCGGAGGGCGAAGAGGAAAUUGAAAAGUGCAGAAAGCUGAUGGAGUCGAGUAUUAUAUCAACAUCUAGUGAUAUAAACUCAUCAAUCAUAUCUGAUGAAAGCUCAAUCACAGCAACAACAUCAACAAAUGUAAACCAAAUUUAUGAAACCAAUAAAAGUAGCGAUGGGAAUAUGAAAAAGAAGUCGAAGACAAAACAUUUAUCAUCUCCAAUGCGGAAGAAACGACAACAUCGGAUGAGUCCGGAUCUGUUCAAUCGAGAUUUUCUUCAUCAACAGCCAAAUCAAAAGAAUGUUAACAACAUUCUAUCGGAUGAUUUUGAUGAUAUUCUGGCAGUGACUACAGAACCAGUCGUUGAUAGCAAUGAUAUUGUCAUUGUUGAUUACUCGGAUGUGAAGCAAGAAAUGGAAAAUGAAAAUAACGCAAACAACUUUUAUCUUAAAUUACCAUCAAUUAUGACAUCGUCAACAUCUUCAACGUCAUCUAAAACAUCGCUGAUAAAUCGAUUUUUAAGAAAUGUUACGCAAAAGAAAAUUCUUGAAGCGUCAAUCAAACGUAAUAAAUUCUUUCAAGCUAAAUUGAAGAAUGAAGAAAAGUUAUUCAGCGGAAAUUUAUACGUCAAGGGAGUGAAACCAAAAGAUGAUUCGUUGAUAAAAAAUCUCAAUGACGAAAUUGAAAUGGAAAUUGAAAUGGGCUGUAACAGUUUAGACUAUGAAGAAGAUAAAAAACUUCUCGAUUACCGUCACUCAAUUUACUCAAAUGACACUUUAACAUUCUUUAAUGGUGGAAUUGAAGAUGGAAUUGGAAUUGGUGAAGUAAAAACUGAUUUAAUAAAUGUGAGAGGGUUGCAACUUUUUCGUGAUUCCAAUGAAACAUUAAUGAAGGCUUUUAAGCUGUUUACUGGCUAUAGCAACGAGGGAAUUAUUUGUGCUGUUCUCGUUCUUCUAACUGACAAGACAAUUUAUAUCGUCGAACUUCUGCGCAACAAGUUGUCGAAUAAGUUUGUUUUGCCCUAUGCGGAGCUUGAUGUGAUCUUGAUGGGACCGAUGGGCAAUACAGUUCUUCUAAGUAAUGGCGCUCGUGACAUGCAGCAAGUUUUAUUAGCUUGUGGUCCAUAUCCGGCUGAAAAAUUAGUCUCAAGCUUGGAGAUGUGUGCACGUCGUGGGGGAUUAAACUUACCCGCUGUUGGUGAAUUGACAUUGGAUCAUUUUGCUCCACUUCGAGCUUUUGUUUGUAACAAUUCAUCAGUUGGUAAGACAGACACUUGGAAAUACUAUUCGAUUGUCAACAUUCCCGCUGGGAUAUUAGGAAUGGAAGAAGAACCACUUGGACCAAGUUUGCAAGGUUUUUUCAUGCAUCGUAAUUUAUCUCAUGCUGGCCAAAUACAAAAGUGGUCUGCUGGUUAUUUUAUGCUCAAAGCGGGUGUUUUGUAUUUGUUUAAUGAUUCAACAGAGAAGAUACCAAGUUGGGCUGUUAGUUUACCAAAUGAAUGUCAAGGUGCACGUAGAUGUGUCACAUCGACGAGACCUCAUUGCUUUGAGAUUCUCUUGAGAACGGGAUCAAUACAAUUGGCAGCCCCUGAUGAAUAUAUCGCAUCGGAUUGGCUUCAAUCAGUAAUUCAAGCAGCGAGUGGAUUUUUUGAAAUGGAAGAACGUCAAAGGACUCUUGGCUGUACGCUUAUCAUGACAGAAAAUCAUUUGAUAACAUUACGUGAAGAUUUCUCAUCGCCAUUACGACGAGUCGUUCCGCAACAAUCGCAAAUGUUACCAAUAACGUCGCCAUUAUCAACAUCAGCAAGUAAAGAAAACUUCGAUCCAAAUUUAUCACGUAAAUUAAGCAGUUCCACCAUUUUGGAUACAACAAGUGAAGUUAGUUCGAUUAGAUCAACACCAAGUUCCACCAGUGGAUGUCGUUCAAUUACAAUGAUGUGCAGCACACCCACAAGGCAAACAAGAAAACCGAAUUUUGAUGAGAGCUUAACAAGUCAUACAAACAUGACAAGCUUUUAUGGGAAAAAUUCGGGCAUAGAAGUUUUAACAUGUGCGGCUAUCGAAGAAUUAACAUCAAUUAAAAUUUCAGCAAGUGAAAAUAGUUGGUGGUGUUUAUUGGAAUUUUCGUGUCAAGAAGUUCGUGAGAAUUUCGACGAUCUGGUUUUAUUUUUCUCUACGAACUCGGAAUUGCAGAGAUUUUUACAGACACUAGAGGGUUUAUGGCACUCAAAAAUGAAUGAAGCUUUUCCCAUCGGCAUUGCUACAGAGAAAGAUUGUCCACAACAUGAACAUUGUGAAAAGCUUUUCUUGGAGUUGAGCCACGCUUGGGAUCCAUUAUUGGAAGCAGCUUUGCGCAUUAAACAUUAAACAUGAUGAAUAAGUAGUUUUUACUUCACAUAGACAUGAGAGAAAACAAACAUUUAAUGUCAUCGCAGUUGUAUUUAAUCUUAACGCUUUAAUCUACAGUCAUGACAUGUUAUUACUUAUGAAAUGGAUAUUGUAGAGUUUUUUUUCUAGUCCAUAGCUUCGCCUUUCCAAAUUUCCUUUUUCAUUUGUAAUAAAUAAAAAUGUCGGUUGAGUUAUGAUGGGUUGGAUUCGUAAAUUGUUACAGGAAUUUCAAUUUUUCUGUUCUUUCGAUUAUCUUUGACUCAUUUUUAUUAAAAGAAAUCAAUUUUGUGGAAAUCCUUAAAAUAAAUUGGAAAUUUUUAUCCGAACCAACAUCAAUCGGCAUUGCUGAUAUUUCACAAAUGUAAGGGAAGCUAACUUAUAAAUAUAUAUUUAUCGCUUUGCAUUAUAGAUAACAAUGCUUCUAUCGCCAGCAAUUCUUAUAAAGCUCAUAAAAUUAAUAAAUUCAACUGAUAGAUAACGAUAAAUUUUGGAAGCAAAAAUAUUUACUCAAUGUUGUUGAAAUAAAAUGAAAAUAAUUUUUAAUGUCAAAGGUCGAAACUUUUCAACUUUCUUUUUUGAUUUUGAACUUUUAACUCAUCCGCAAAAUAACAGAAAUCAAUGUUGAUUGGAUAUUUGAUUAUUUUGAAUAAUAUUGAAGAAUACAAAGUAGAAAUUGUGGAAAUAGAGACAAUGAAAUUGUCUUUGACAAUAAAAUUGUUCGAUAUAAAAUUCUCUUCAUUUAUUCUGAAAUAUUUAUGAUACAACAUUCGAUUGCAAGCUCAUUUCAAAAGAGAUAUUAUGCAUAAAUCUUGAUAUAUGUUUGUAUAACAUCAAAUAAAUAACAUGAGUAUGAGUGAAAAUAUUUUCUCGUUAAUAUGACUGUUCACUUAUUUAUGUUUCAUGUUCCUGCAUUAAUGAAGAAUAUUUAUAAACUUCAUGUCUUCUUUUUAUUAUGAAAAUUGAAAUUUUAUUUGCAUAAAUAUUAUCUUUCGCAAAUUUAUAAAGCUUAUACAGUCAGAUUUUGUAUAAAUUCAAAUACAAAAAAAAUUUCUUUAAAAAUGUAAAAGGAUAAGAAGACCAACAUUGACAUAUAAUUUAAAUUGCAUGUCAUUCCUUUCUGCAUGAUAUGUCUUUCAAACUGUACGACAAACAGCUACAUCUUUAUACAAUGUACUCAUUAAAAGUCAAUGAUAUUAAAGAACAUAUAUUAUCAUAAAACUUU